CGCGUUAUAAUUCAAUAUGGCGGACACUGUGCAGGUCUGGAACUCUGAAUUUAGCUGGUAAAGUUUGAAAUGGCAGGAUUUGGCUGUUAGCAAUCAAUAAAAUGAUAGCUUUGGAAGAUGUAACAAAGAAUUUGCCGUCUCUACAGUUCGAUUCAGCUCUUCCAGAUGACGAGAGGAGAGCUUUAAUUCAACUUCGUACAAAGAGUUUGGUAUCGAUUUCUACAGCAUGUGCACAAUCGAUUUAUUUUGUGUCUAUACUAAAUAAAGUCAAUGAAGUGAUUUUGAAAAAAACAAGGUCUCUAAAUAACAACAGUUGCAUAACGUCUGUCUUCAGUGGUUUGAAGAUUGGCAUUAUUGGUUGUGGUAGACUUGGGAGGGAGUUAGCAUCGGUUCUUCUGAAUCUAGGUGUUGUUAAGGCAAGCCAUUUAUACAUUUCUACAAGAUGUCCUGAAAAUUUGGAGGAAUUUCAAGACAAAGGCACUUUCUGUUGCUUCGAUAAUUCCUUGGUUGGUCGAACUGUCGAUAUUCUCUUCUUAUGUUGUCUGCCAUCGCAAUUCACUACAGUUUCCAAGGAUUUGCGUAGUAAUCUUAAUGGCGUGGUGUUCUCCUUUGUGUCUGGAUUACCUCUGGCAAGAAUAAGUCAGUUGCUGGACUACCAAAAUAUCAUCAGCCCAACUCUUACAUUCAAGUCAAAUAUUGCUGAGAUAUUCGAAGAUUCAAAUCCAUGGAAAUUCGGCAUAGAUAUAAUGGAGAUCCUGGCAGAUCAAAACUGUAUCAUUCAUACUUCCCCUUCAUACACUGGUGAAGAUGCUUUGCUUGAAAUGGAUGUGAACCUGUUGGAAAAUAUUAUCUUUGCUGUGUUGAAUGAGUGUACCAGACAUGGUAUUGGGUGUCAAGAAGCAGUGAGGUUGUGUAAUUCAAUCCUAUUUGCUCUCACACCAGAGCAUCCAUCCUAUUUUGUUUUAAAUGAUAUUUUGAGAGUGAAGGACAGUAAAGAGAACACUGGAACUAAAGAUAUGACAGAUUUUUUACCGAUUUUUGAUCUGGUAAAAAUGAAAUCAGAGGAAACGUCUGUAUUGCCAUUGGGAAAGAGAAUCGUUGAAGAUGAAUCAUUAAGAACCGCAUUUGCUGACGUUUAUCAAAACGUUUUUCAGAAGUGCGUUUCAGUUUAGUUUCUUAUGAUAUAAAGUUCUUUCCUGUG